AUGAAACCAGCUAUCGCUUUCGCCGUGGUUGGUGCUGGCCUCUGCACCGCCAAAGACCUCUCUACACUACCGACCUUCCUCAAAACUUCAUCAGACAUCAUCUUCCCCGACUUGAAGGCCAUCAGCGUUGCCAUUCACGCUGAUCCCGAAGUCGGACUGGACGAACACCGCGCCAGCGACCGCAUCGUCUCCCACUUCAAAAAGCUGCCCCAAUGGACCGUCGUCCCGCAUGCCUUCAAUUUGCCCACGUCCUUCGAAAUGACCUUUGAGCACCGCCCCGUCGGCUUCAAAGGCCCCCUCAAGACCAUUGGCUUUCUUGCCGAGUACGAUGCUCUCGUCGGUAUCGGUCAUGCGUGCGGCCACAACCACAUCUCUCUCAAUGGCAUGUCCACUGCCAUCUUGACAAGUCUGGCGCUGCAAAAGUUUGACCUCCCCGGCCGCAUCAAGCUCAUUGGUACACCAGACGAAGAAAACGCAGCUGGGAAACACAUCCUCAAUGCCCGUGGUGCAUUUGACAGCGCGGAUGUCUGGGUCAUGGCCCAUCCUACGGUGAAAAGCGCCAUUCAGCCAAUGAACUCGCGCCUCAACUGUUUCGCCCGCUUUCAGGGCAAGACGCACCAAGAAGCAGUCUACAAGGCAUACCAGGGUCUUCUUGCGGCAGACGGCUUGACGGGAAAUCUGCCAGGCACGGCCUCCAGCGCUGCCACUAUUGAAAACAUUGGCGUGUAUGCUACAAACACGGUCCAGACAUUCAUCAGCCUCGGCGUGACUAGCACCACGGCAGACGAGGUCCGCAAAACGCUCGACUCUAUCCUCGACAGCACGUAUCCCAAUGUCAAGUACACCGUGUUCCAGGAUAAAGACGGUAUUGCUGUCAACAUGACUGGGCCUGGCGGCCACGGCUCCCACUCGACAAAGAGUCCGCUGAUCCUGUCGACCGAGCUCUUCCGCGCCAUGUCCAAGGAUGCGAAGCACGCCUUUUAUCUUCCGGGUAACACUACCACCAAGGAACUCGACAUCACAAUUGACCUGCGAACACGAUACACUUCUGAUCUGCCCGCCCUGUCGGCAUCGGUCGACAAGGCUCUUGCCAACUUAACCACGAACAUCACGCACGAUGUCAAAUACCCCAGCUUGGAGCUCACGCCGUCUAUUCCCGACGCAUUCCUGUCCAUUAUUUCGUCACCAGGAUACGACUUGCAUGACUGGGCCAAGACAGAUCUUGCUCCUGCUUCUACUGAUGCUUCGUGGUUGCAGAAUGCGACACUUGGUGCGGAUCAUUCUGUAACAGGUGUUGAUAGAGUGGUUUUCCAUGCAAACUACAACAUCUGCGAUCCUGCCAGUAAGACUGCCUGUGCUUUCAACCACGAGCCCGGGUUUGCUCAGCAGGCCGGUACGCAGUUCAGUUACAAUCAGACGGAAAUCGUGGCGCGUGCAGAAGCACAGCUAGCGAUUCAGAUGCUGGCUAACGAGCAAAUGUACCGAGAUGUCACGGGCAUACUCAAGAAGAACCAAAAGUAG